AUGUUUAUUAUUAACAGUUUGAUUUUAUCGUUGCUUUUUGUGAACAAGAUGCAAUUAGUUCAGUGUUUUAAAAGCACGGUUUCAAACCCUAACAUUGUAAUUAUUAUCGUUGAUGAUUUACGCCAUCUACAUAAAAAAAAUGUGAACUUACCUAAUAUUCGGAAAAUGGCGGUAAAAGGAAUAAGUUUUAAAAAUUCAAUCGCUCAGCAAGCUUUGUGCGCUCCAAAUAGAAAUUCAAUGUUAACGGGGCGUCGUCCUGAUUCAAUACGACUUUAUGAUUUUUAUAAUUAUUGGAGGGAUGAUGUAGGAAAUUUUACAACAUUGCCGCAAUUGUUCAAAGAAAAUGGCUACAAUACGAUCUCAGUGGGCAAAAUCUUUCAUCCUGGUGCGAGUUCGAAUUACACCGAUGAUUAUCCAUACAGCUGGUCACUUUUGCCUUAUCACCCUCCUUCUGAAAUAUUUAAAGAUUCCGCCGUAUGUCAGGACAAUAUAACUAAACAAUUACACAGAAAUCUUAUAUGCCCUGUGAAGGUAAACGAACAACCUGAUAAAUCUUUGCCGGACCUGCAAACUCUUGCCUAUGCCAUUAAAAUGUUGAAAGCAAAUAAAAAUAAACCAUUUUUACUUGCUGUCGGGUUUCAUAAACCACACAUACCAUUAAAAUUUCCAAAUCAUUAUUUAGACAGAAUUCCUUUAGAAAAUGUAAAACCACCUAAUUACCCUUAUAAACCUAAAAACAUGCCACUAGUUGCUUGGCACCCUUGGCGAGACGUGCGUAAAAGAGACGACAUAAAGAGACUCAAUAUAUCUUAUCCGAUGGGAAUUAUGCCUCCGAAAUGGACUCUUAAAAUAAGGCAAAACUAUUAUGCUGCAACUGCGUACAUUGAUGAUUUAAUUGGAAGAUUAAUGCGUUAUGUAAAUAAAAGUAACACAGUCGUGGUUUUGACAAGCGAUCAUGGUUGGUCGUUAGGUGAAAACGGCUUAUGGGCGAAAUACAGCAACUUCGAUGUCGCUGUAAACGUACCACUCAUAUUUAUUGUACCAGGAGUGUCACCGAAAAUCAUUUCUACACCAGUCGAAUUGAUCGACAUAUUUCCAACAUUGACCGAGAUCGCUGGCAUAACCGGAAUACCAAAGUGUCGGAAUACGGAAGACAAAACGAAAACUUGUUUCGAUGGAAAAAGUUUAGUUCCGUUAAUGAAGGGGGAAAAACAUGAAACGUUUGCCAUAAGUCAAUAUCCCAGACCUUCCAUCCAUCCGCGCAGUAAUUCUGACAAGCCACGUUUAAAGGAUAUAAAAAUAAUGGGAUAUAGUAUAAGAACAAAACGUUACCGCUACACGGAAUGGAUAUCAUUCAACAACACAUUGUUUACAAGAAACUGGAACAAGCUUUAUGGCGUUGAAUUGUACGACCACCUCAUUAAUCCCGAUGAAUCCAUUAAUUUGUUUUUGGAACCUACAUACCAACACGUGAAAAAGAAAUUAUCGAAAUUGCUAAAAGAACAGAUUGAGCUCAUUUAA